GAAUCGCAGACGUCAAAACAAGUGAAACGUCAAAGUGUAGUAAACACGUGGGAAGAAAUGGGUCCGCUUAAAAGUGGAUUUAAAAGGCAUUUUGAUGCCUUGACGCUGGAUAAUGGCCAGGAAAAGGAGGCUGAAGAGCUUCCAGAUGAACUUCGCGUGGCUGAAGAUUCUGAUGAAUCUGAGGCUGAAAGUGAUGCUCCGGACGGGGAUUCCUCAUCCGGCAGUGACACAGAGCUGAGUUUUGAGGAUGAAGAGGACGAAGAAGAGUCUGAGGAAGAUUCAGAAGUUGAGUCAGAACCCAAAGGAGAGGAGGUAAGUGAGAAAAAUGAUGAUAAAGUGCAAAAUUCAAGUGAAGUGUCGGAAAAAGCUGGAAAAGAGGAAGUGGAUGAGUACCAGGAGGAUACUUCGGAUGAAGAGGAUAUCCGGAAUACAGUGGGAAACAUUCCGAUGCACUGGUAUGAUGAGUAUAAGCACAUUGGCUAUGAUUGGGAUGCGAAGAAGCUGGUGAAACCCGCGAAGGGAGAUCAACUGGAUGACUUCCUGAAGCGCAUGGAAGAUCCAGACUUCUGGAAGACAGUUAAAGACCCACAGACUGGUCAGAAUGUCGUGCUGAGUGAUGAGGAUAUCGAUUUGAUCAAGAGAAUAGCUCAGCAGAAGGUUCCGGAUGCGCAAUUUGACGAAUUCCAGCCAUGGAUCGAUUGGUUCACGUCAGAAGUGGAAAAAAUGCCAAUCCGGAAUAUUCCAGCACACAAGCGUUCCUUCCUACCCUCGAAGUCAGAGAAGAAGAAGAUUUCCAAGUAUGUGCAUGCCCUGAAGAUGGGCUGGAUGAAGACGAAGGAGGAAUUGGAGAAGGAAGCUGCCCAGAAGCGAAGUGGACCGAAGUUCUACAUGCUCUGGGAGUCAGAUACCACAAAGGAGAGUAUGAGGAGGAUUCAUGAUCAUGUGUCGGCUCCCAAGAGACCACUUCCUGGCCACGCAGAGUCAUACAAUCCUCCUCCGGAAUAUUUGUUUGACAAGAAGGAGAUGCGGGAGUGGAAGAGACUGGAGAAGGAACCGCACAAGAGGAAGCUUCAUUUCGUUCCGCAGAAGUACCGAACACUGAGGGAGGUCCCAGCUUACCCAAGGUACACACAUGAGAGAUUCCUGCGAUGCCUGGACCUGUAUCUUUGUCCCAGGGCUCAUAGGAUGAAGCUGACCAUUGAGCCGGAAUACCUCAUCCCCAAGCUACCAUCCCCGCGGGAUCUUCAACCCUUCCCCACCCAGGAAACCCUUAUUUAUUCCGGACACAGUGACAUCGUCCGGACGAUCAGUGUAGAGCCUCGUGGAGAGUUCCUGGUCACGGGAUCCGAUGACACAUCCAUCAAAAUCUGGGAAAUAUCCACGGCUAGGUGCAUCAAGACCAUCCAGACCAAGGAUAUUGUCCGAUCGGUGGCUUGGUGUCCAAAUUCCAAGCUCUCCAUCAUUGCCGUGGCCAGCGGGCAGCGCCUCCUCCUCAUCAACCCAGAAACCGGAGACAAGCUCAUCGUCGCCAAGACGGAUGAGCUCCUGGCGGAUUCUCCCGAAAGUGACCUCCUGGAUCCGGAACGUCUCAAGGCAGCGGUUCAGUGGUCAGAACCGGACGGAUUCGAGCACAAAACGGGCUUCCGGAUUGUCAUAAAUCACUUCAAGCAGGUCAAACAGGUCACAUGGCACGGAAGAGGAGACUACCUGGCUUCAGUGAUGCCAGAUGGAGCUCACAGAUCUGUCAUCAUCCAUCAACUGUCAAAACGUCGCUCCCAGUUUCCCUUCUCCAAGACCAAGGGACUCGUGGAGUGCGUCCUCUUCCAUCCGAUCAAACCUCAGCUAUUCGUGGCCACGCAGAAGAGCAUCCGGGUGUACGAUUUGGCCAAGCAGGAGUUGAUGAAGAAGCUGCAGAGCAAUAGCAACUGGAUCAGCGAUAUGGCCAUCCAUCCCAAGGGAGACAAUCUCAUUGUGUCCACGUUUGACAAGAAACUCCUCUGGUUCGACCUGGAUCUCUCGACCAAGCCCUAUCAGACCAUGAGGUUGCACAGAGAAGCCGUCCGGGGAGUAGCUUUCCACCGGAAGUAUCCACUAUUUGCUUCCGGAAGUGACGAUGUGAGCGUCAUCGUUUCCCAUGGAAUGGUUUACAAUGACCUGCUUCAGAAUCCCUUGAUCGUCCCCCUGAAGAAGCUCGAAACGCACGAGAAAGUCAACGAUUUCGGAGUGUUCAGCGUCAUCUGGCAUCCAUCACAGCCUUGGGUCUUCUCCACGGGCGGCGACAAAACCAUCCGGCUCUACACUUGAACCACAAAGUUCCAAAAUAAAUCACUUUUUAACAAAUUAAA